AUGGACGAGCAUUCAGUCACCGCACCAGGGCGAGUGCCACUAAUUGACCCUUGUACCAUCGGCUUCCCAGAUCGCACCACAACUAUUGCAUUGCUAGAUAGUUUUCUGAGCUCAGUGCACACUAUUUUCACUUCCGUGCACGCGAAUCUCUGCCGUCAAUUCUACGCGAAGCUCUUCGUGACAGGCGUAACUGCCAUCAGCGAUGGUAAUCGAGUAACCCAUCUUGCGAUUCUUGCUCUCGGCUGGCAUGCAAGCAUGGUGGCGAGUCCGUUGACCGCGCCAUUCCCCGGACACCCACAACCACAACUGCCUUGGGCAGACUCAUCUAAGCCUAUGUUGGGAGAACAUUUGUACAAGUCUGCCCAUGAUAUUACAUUUGGCACUAUAUCACAGUCGUCCAUCGGUGCUCUGACAUCUUUGAUAUCCUUGACACUUUAUGAGCAAACGACCCGACGUUUUGAAACCGCCUGGGCAAUUUUUGGAAUAUGCAUGCGACACGCGCAGGCUCUGCGAUUGCAUCGGGAACUACCUGAUUAG